GAAGCAGUAGAUCACCAGCAGACUAUGAAUCCGAAGUCCAAAUGAAAUGAUCCCAACCUCCGAACCCAACAUCUAGUCGAUCCGGGAGCCAAGCAACCACACUUCUCACUCACUCUCUCGCUCUCUCUUUCUCUUCUCUAUGUAUAUGAUUUGCAUGUAUUGGUUGGUAUAGAUCGGCGAUGGCGAACUUUCUAGCUCAGUUCCACACCAUCAAGAAUUCCUCUGAUCACCUCGUUAUUGCAGUGGAAGAUGUGAGCGAUUUGUGGCCCAUCGUUAAGAGUGAAUUUGAGGGGCGGUUACCAUUCAAAAGAGCAAGUUUAAACAACAAGACCCGUAACUCUGUGUUUGUAGAGAAUUUGACUGCUGAGUUCAUAUUAACAACAGAUUCUAGACUUCGUAGCCGGUUCCCUUUGGAGCAAUCAUUAUUUUGGUUUCGGGAGCCAUAUGCAACAGUGGUUCUUGUUACCUGUGAGGAUCUUGAUGAGUUCAGGACCAUCCUUAAACCACGCCUGAAAUUGAUUGUCCAAAAUGAUGAGCGGGAAUGGUUUAUUGUAUUUGUGUCUAAAGCUCCCCCAAAUAAUGAUCAAGCCACAAAAUUGGCAAAAAAAGUAUACGCCAAACUUGAAGUUGAAUUUAGCUCCAAAAAGAGGGAAAGGUGCUGCAAAUUAGAUAUACAGAGCCCUGAGGCAAAUUUUUGGGAAGACCUGGAAUCCAAGAUUAUGGAGUCCAUCCGAAAUACAUUGGAUAGGCGUGUACAGUUUUAUGAGGAUGAGAUACGCAAGCUCAGUGAACAACGCUUAAUGCCAGUUUGGAACUUCUGUAAUUUUUUUAUCUUGAAGGAAAGUUUGGCUUUUAUGUUUGAGAUGGCUCAUCUAUUUGAAGAUGCAUUGCGCGAGUAUGAUGAGUUAGAACUCUGCUAUUUGGAAACAGUUAAUAUGCCUGGGAAACUGAGAGACUUUGGAGGAGUAGACUGUGGUGAUGAUCAGGCUGCUUUGCUUAACCCUGGGAACAAACCAUUGACACAGAUUGUUCAAGAUGACUCGUUUAGGGAGUUUGAAUUUCGACAGUAUCUCUUUUCCUGUCAAUCAAAGCUUUUAUUUAAGCUAAAGCGGGCCUUUGAAGUUGCAUCAAGGGGUUAUUCAUUCAUAAUAAGCUUCUCGAAGGCCCUGGCUUUGCGUGAGAGUAUUCUACCCUUUUGUAUGCGUGAAGUUUGGGUAAUAACUGCUUGCUUGGCUUUGAUCAAUGCAACUGCUUCUCAAUAUAACGAUGGACCACCUGAUAUAGAAAAGGAGUUCUACCGCCUUAAGGGUGAUCUUUAUUCCCUGUGCAGAGUUAAGUUCAUGAGGCUUGCAUAUUUAGUUGGAUUUGGAGCUGAGAUAGAAAGAAGUCCUGUCAACAGUGCUUUACUCAGUAUGCUACCUUGGCCCAAGCCAGCAGUAUGGCCUUUAGUUCCACCUGAUGCUUCAUCUGAGGUUCUCGUGAAAGAAAAGAUGAUUCUCCAAGAAACUCCAAGAGUCAAGCACUUGGGUAUUCAGAGGAAACCAUUGCCUCUUGAACCUUCCCUUCUUUUGCGUGAGGCAAAUCGGCGAAGGGCUUCUCUUUCUGCUGGAAAUAUGGUUGAAAUGUUUGAAGGUCGCCCCAUUUUCAAUGAUGGAUCAGGCUCAGAUGCAUCCACAAAGAUGUCCCCAUCACAAAAAGUCCGUGCAAGUUCCAUGUCACGCACUAACUCUUCACCAGGAGGUUUUGAGAGCUCAAUUGAUCGACCCAUGAGACUUGCUGAGAUUUAUGUUGCUGCUGAGCAUGCUUUGCAGCAUACAAUUUCUAAUACUGAUUUAUGGAAAUCUUUAUCAUCUUUAGAGGAGUAUGAGAAAAAAUAUCUGGAGCUAACUAAGGGUGCUGCUGACAAUUACCAUAAUUCCUGGUGGAAAAGACAUGGAGUUGUCCUUGAUGGUGAAAUAGCAGCUGUCUGCUUCAAACAUGGAAAUUUUGAUCUGGCUGCAAAGUCAUACGAGAAGGUUUGUGCCCUAUAUGCGGGCGAAGGAUGGCAGGAUCUAUUGGCUGAAGUCCUGCCCAGUUUAGCUGAGUGUCAGAAGAUACUUAAUGAUCAAGCUGGCUACCUAUCAUCUUGUGUGAGAUUACUUUCACUAGAUAAAGGCUUAUUUUUGACCAAGGAACGUGAAGCUUUUCAGUCAGAAGUUCUUCGCCUUGCACACAGUGAAAUGAAGGACCCUGUACCCCUAGAUGUGUCUUCUUUAAUUACAUUUUCUGGGAAUCCUGGGCCCCCAUUGGAGCUCUGUGAUGGUGAUCCUGGUACUCUAUCUGUGACCGUUUGGAGUGGCUUUCCUGAUGAUAUAACUCUUGAUUCACUCAGUCUCACAUUGAUGGCUACAUAUAAUGGUGAUGAGGGUGUUAAGGCAUUAAGGUGCCCUUCUGCUAUUGUUCUAAAACCUGGUCGGAAUAUUAUUACACUGCCUUUGCCCCCCCAAAAACCAGGUUCCUAUGUCUUGGGGGUUCUUACUGGGCAGAUUGGGCACUUGCGGUUCAGAUCUCAUAGCUUUUCGAAGGGUGGCCCUGCAGACAGUGAUGAUUUUAUGAUUUAUGAAAAGCCAACUAGGCCUAUCUUGAAGGUUUUCAAACCAAGAGCCCUGGUUGAUCUUACUGCAUCUAUUUCAUCUGCUUUGCUGAUAAAUGAACCUCAGUGGGUUGGGAUCAUAGUACGGCCAAUCAACUACUCCCUGAAAGGCGCUAUAUUGCAUAUAGAUACUGGUCCAGGUCUGAAGAUUGAAGAGUCACAUGUCAUUGAGAUGCAGAGUUAUGUUGAUGUGUCACAGAUUGCUGCUGACAUGGCAAAGUCUGAUGCUGCUCAGAAAGAAGGUUCCUUGGCAGUUGAUAAAAAUUUUGAGCAGUUGAGGCUCCAUGAUGGCAGGAUAGAGUUUCCAAAUUGGGCAAACAAUGUGACUUCUAUUCUGUGGAUUCCUAUACGUGCCAUUAGUGAUGGGCUUGCAAGAGGAUCAUCUUCAGUUUCCCCUCUGAGACAGAGUAUUGUGGAUGGAAUGAGGACAAUAGCUCUGAAGCUUGAAUUUGGAGUAUCUCACAACCAGAUAUUUGAGAGGACCCUGGCUGUCCAUUUUACUGACCCUUUCCAAGUGAGCACACGUAUUGCAGAUAAAUGCAAUGAUGGAACUUUGCUUCUACAGGUGAUACUACAAUCAGAAGUGAAGGCCACUUUAACCAUAAAUGAUGCUUGGCUUGAUCUUCAAGAUGGAUUUGUUCAUACUACAAAAGGUGAUGGGAGACCAACUUCAGGCUUCUUCCCACUUGUCAUCUCUCCACAUUCCAGAACAGCAAUCCUGUUCAGCAUAUGCUUAGAGAUGUUGAAUGCUGAAGAUGAAGCUAAGGCACUGCGACCAGAGAGCAUAUUAAAUAUCAAAUAUGGCAUUUCUGGUGAUAGAACCACUGGAGCACACCCACCUGUGGCUGUAGAAUCUCCUGGACCUGAGGGUGCUAGACAGGACUUGAUCUUCAGGAGUUCUCUUAUUUUGCAGAGACCUGUGCUUGACCCAUGUCUGGCUGUUGGUUUUCUUCCUCUGCCUUCUGGUGGCCUUAGAGUUGGGCAACUUGUUAGCAUGGAAUGGAGGAUUGAAAGGUUAAAAGACUUUGAGGAGAAUGAAGUUUCUAAACACAAUAAUGAGGUGUUAUAUGAAGUCGGUGCAAAUUCAGAUAAUUGGAUGCUUGCUGGGAGGAAAAGAGGGCAUGUUUCUCUCUCCACAAAGCAAGGUUCAAGGAUAGUUAUCUCAAUAUUAUGCAUGCCGCUGGUGGCAGGCUAUGUUCGUCCCCCACAACUUGGACUGCCAGAAGUCGAUGAGACAAAUAUAAGUUGCAAUCCUGCUGGGCCCCACCUGGUUUGUGUCUUGCCACCAGCUCUCAGCUCCUCCUUCUGCAUUCCGGCAUGAUUACUUACCUCCUGAAUUUCGGUUACUUUAUCCCAGGUCAUUAUAGUUUUACACACCGUAUGGUUGGACAAGUUUUUCAUUUUAAUCAAAAAUGGAAGAUAUAGAGAUAAUAGGAGGUUCUCGGUUUUGAUUAUCUAGAUAAUUGUAAAUCUGUACUUGCUGAGUUUGUUGGAAAAUCCGGAAAAGUUAGUUUAAUUUAGUUUGGCUUAGGUAAUUCUUUGGGUGUUCUGAACAUUGGCUCUUAUGUGACAUCCCUACUCUUGUACAUUGGAAUUUAUACUUUCUUUCCAUGUACAAUACACUGUAGAGAUGAACAAAGACAAAUUUCUUCAAAUUUUUAGUCGGUUCUUGUAAAGAGUAAAUUCAGGAGUGUAAUAUGAUGGUUGUGCCCCACACCUUAUUGAUAGUUAUUUAUUGUUUGAUCUAA